GAAGGGGGCGGGACCGGCAUGGCGGCCAAGAUUUUGAAGUAUGCAGCACUUCCUGCAGCUGUAGUGGGCGUGGGCUCCUUUAGAAUUUAUUCUGUUGGUGAUAGAAAAAGCGAGGAGCUAAUCUCUCCAAAAGAGCUGUCUAUCUACUCCGAUCAUCAUGCUGUUCAGUUUGUGGAAGAACGUUCUGGUCUGGUGCAAACAGGGCUGGGGGCUUUAAGGGUGGGCCUGCAGCCGUAUGUCAGAGGCGUGCAGAAUGCCCUCGCUUCAGUCAAGACUGGAGUCAUAUCUGCUUACCAGGCAGGGGAAGACACGUAUCACUUCCUUCGAGAUCCACCACCUGGUUUUCUGCCUAGAGUUGGUAUCAUAACUGUGUCCGGAUUGGGUGGCCUCAUUCUGGCCCGCAAGGGUUCUCGUUUGAAGAAGAUUCUCUUUCCUUUUGGACUGGCUACACUCGGUACUGCAGUGUGUUACCCCAUACAGACUGUCGGAGUCCUGAAGAUCACUGGUAAGAAGUUGUACAGUGUUAGCUCAUCUGCUGCCUCAAUGUUUCAAUCUAAACCAAAGGGAGAGAUCAUCAUGCCUGCUGGUAGCAUGGAGUCUACUGCUCCUGUAACAAUCCCAGAUCCAGUUUCACUCACACCUGAGUCUGAACUGGCCCCUGUCAUUCCAGCUGAGGAAGUGACAUCACUGCCAGAAGUUGUCCCAGCAGUGGAGUUUGUAUCUGAAAUUGCUGCAUCACCUACUGAACCUGAAAAUGCCCCUGAGCUUGUGGAGAAAGCCAUAGAAACAGUACCUGAACCUCCUGUUCCAGACCCUGUGGUCGAAACUGAGAUAACUCCUGCAGACACUCUUGUAGACACUGCUUCUGAAUCUGCCCACGAGACAACAUCCACUGAAACGGUCUCUGAAGCUGAUGUUACUCUAGAUGUUUCACAUGCCACCCCUUCUAGCACAGACCUUGAGGCCCCUGCACCAGGUCCCGCCACACUCUCAGAAGAAAUUAUACCCGGUGAGCAAGCAUCCGCCACCCCACCACCGGCCGACCUAGCAAGUAAGGAAGAGGUCCCACCUCCUGCUCAUGAGGCCACAGCCCCUUCUCCAGCAGUUGAAGCACCUCCCUCAUCUGAAUCUCCGGUUCAACAGGUCAAUGUUGAGUCAGCAGCUGUGAAGCCACACUUUGUUCCUGACCCAGCUCUAGUUGACCACGGCCAGGCCAAUCCCGAGGACGCAGACAUGUACAGUACACGAAGCUGAACGCCAUGAUUCCAGCACUGUUUGAUAGUUUUGUGAUUCAGAUAUUCAUGUUUUAUCAAUGAUCCAGGUGUGUUGAUGUCCGACUCUUACCUCAGCUGCAGAGAUCACACACGUGCACAGCCACAUUUGUGUAGAAACCUACAUUGUAGUUAAACCUCUUUCUAAGAAAGACACUACAGAAUGAUAUCUCAUUUAGAUCCCAGGGUUAAUUUAAUAUACUUUUAUUGUCAUCUUCAUGUUAAGCAUUCUGACCUUUAUUUCCGGAUGUAACAGAAAAUGGCUUUGUGCUCAUUUUUACUGUGAAAAUUACAUUGAAAUCUGGACAACAACCAAAAUGUUUUUUUAUGAGCAAUAACAUUUGAAAUAUACAUUAACUGGUGUAAUGUGUCAAGCCUUAUCUAUGAGAUGUUUUAAUCAGGCUUUGUGUUUAUUUGAUCACUGAACAUGUUUUCUAGCCAUUAUGAAACGUUCAUACUCUCUAGAGUUCAGACACACACACACUAAUCAAAUGUGGAAUGCUUAAACUAUUCAGCAGUUUUGGAUGCUUUUCAGAUCGCAGUAUUUCCGAGUGCACUAAUUGGGAGCAGUGCAUCUGUUAAAUUAUUUAAAUGUUUCAGUUGUUUUCUCUUCAUGUCUUUAUGGCAUACCGCUGCAUUGUGAAAUAGAGGAAUGCCAGGUGAUGAUAAUAAAGAUUUCUAACACAA